UUUUCUGACUUACUACUGUUUACUCCAAAAAAGAAACAUGCUCAGACCACGGUUUUUGCCUCCAGAUGAUCGAGCUGUGCGAGCAAGUGAGAGAAAAGCUGCCAAGCUGCAUUUUAGUCAGUUGGGCAACAGUGAAAAUUUUCUUUUAGAGGUGGAAAAAAGCUCUAGGGAGAAGACAAUGAAAAACUGUGUGACAGAUGAGAACUCUGCAUCAAAAAUCAAUGCUGAUAUUGAUAACAGAAUUGAAACUGACUCAAACAAAGGACUUUUUAUUCCCUUCCCUAACCGGGAAAUAAAGGAUUCCCUAACAAGUACUUCUGCAACCCAGGGCAAUGGAAUACCAGAUCAGAAAUUGGACACUUUCCCACUGGGGACACAGGAAGUGGCAAGAGGGGAGAUCCCAAGUGACAGUCACCAAGAAAAUGAAUUCAGACGCUACUCUCCUCAUCAAUCCACAGUUCGAUCCCCAGAGAAGACGACUAGAGAAGGGUACCGACUAUCUUUUUUGAACAAUAAGUCUUCAGGUUCUUCUCCAGAAAAGGACUUGAUACUAAAACCUGAGACUUACCAGCUUACGCAUGAUGUCUCACUGGGUAAACGCCUAGAUGUGGGUGAUUCUAGCCAGAUCCAUCCCUAUCAGUUACCUUCAGAUGUUGGUCUAGAAAGUUAUGAUAGUCAUUAUUCUCAAAAUUUAUUCGUGCACGGAAGUCCUGGCAAAAGGCCACAGAGAAGCAAGAACUACCGAGAAUAUAACAUAAAGCCUUCAAAUGACAUGAAGGCCACCACAUCCCAUUCCUGUGGAGACUUACUGACUUCUCUGUCAAACCCUGACUUCAGCACCGGAAGGCUUUUGAAGCUUAGUUCAGAUCUCUAUGCCACAACCCACUUCAACAGUGACCCUGCUUUGCCGGUCAAUGUAGAACAACAAUCAUCUGCCAGUCUCAGUGAUUUAACACCAGCACAUGGUUCUUUCCCAAAUAACUCCGCCCUGGGAGACCCUCUACGGACACUGCUGUUGCCUACUGGGACCUCAGAAAACAGAGAGACUUUGACCAAGGGGUCAUUAAGCCCAUCAAGGAGAGGAUUCAAACAGAAGGACAAUAUCCUUGCCACCCUGAAUCCAAAGAUUGGUUUCCGAGAUGCUGCCGGCAGCAAGCCUCUCUCUAGUGACCUGGGCAGUUUGCAUGGUUUACCAGGAAACCACAGUCCCCCAGUUUCUGCCAGAACCUCCCAUGUGGCCACUGUCCUCAGACAGCUCUUGGAGCUUGUGGAUAAGCACUGGAAUGGCUCUGGCUCCCUCCUCCUUAACAAGAAGUUCCUUGUUUUUAAGAUUGGCCUGUGUGCCCAACCUGAAUUUUUGGCAGGUCCUGCCCGAGAUUUACUUCUGACUUUGGUAGUCCCUGCUCCUUCCCAGCAGUGGUGUCACUCACAUCCUGAAGACACAUCAAAAACCUUCCACAGGAGAGAGAUGGAAUUGAAGGAGGCUGGGCAGGUGGUCCCUAAUGACAUGGAAAGUUUGAAGCAAAAACUGGUCAGAGUGCUAGAGGAAAACCUCAUUUUGUCAGAAAAAAUCCAGCAGUUGGAGGAAGGUGCUGCCACCUUGACUGUGAGUGGACAUCAGUCCCAUAUUUAUGAUGAUCUUCUGCACAAAAACCAACAGCUGACCCUGCAGGUUGCUUGCCUAAACCAGGAGCUUGCCCAGUUGAAAAAGCUGGAGGAGACAGUGGCCCUUCUCCAUGAAAGUCAAAGAUCCCUGGUGGUAACUAAUGAGUAUCUGCUGCAGCAGCUGAAUAAAGAGCAAAAAGGUUAUUCUGGGAAAGCACUCCUGCCUCCUGAGAAGAGUCAUCAUUUGGGAAGAUCGUCACCCUUUGGGAAAAGCACGCUGUCUUCCUCCUCACCAGUGGCACAUGACACGGGUCAGUAUCUAAUACAGAGUGUUUCAGACUCUGUUCCAGAGCCUAGUUUAUGGAGCUAGUACUAAACACCUUCUCUGUGGCUUCUCUCUCAGCCCCAGGGGGGCUCUUGGUGUUAUAGCCACUAGUAUGGUGAUAUUUAUCCACAAGAUUAAGAGAAAAAUCUUAUUCUGAUCACA